GAUAAUAAUUUACGUCUAACUCACUACAUUUAAAUUAUAAUAGUCGAUGGACACGAGCUCAUAAUAUACUUUGCAUAAAUAAUUCUUCUAAAACUUUCUCAAAUGGGUAUACUUUCUCUUAGUGUACUUAGCACAUACUUUUUUCCCUGUUGGAUGAAGUUGCAGUCUAGGCUUUUAUUGUAGCAGGUUUGACUGACCAUUGGAAAUGCUUUGGGAUAGUACUGCAGGAUAAUUGAAUGCUUUGAGAUAUGCUUUUAUUUGAUUGUGCUUCCUCAUUGCUUUGAGAUUACCUUUUAUUUCACUCCAACAAUCUUUGGUUUUGAUUUUUGAGAAAGUUCUGAAGACAAUACCAAUAUUGAAAUAUAAAUAUUUCUAUAACAUAGUCAGGGUUCCAGGAUUGCAAGUCGAGCUAAUUUGUUGUUAGUGACGUGUAUUGUAAGUAAUAAAUUUACCAACUUUUUCCUAAGUUCUGUUUUGCAGUGAAAUAACUUGCAAUUAGAAUACUCUGUAUAUCAUUUCGUUUUGUGUUCCUGAUCAAUUGUGUAAGAUUUUUCAUAAUGUGAUCAUGUUAUUAUGUAAAUAUUAAUAGUUGAUUUGAGACUAUAUUUAUUAUAUGCUUAUUUUAAGACAAUGUGGGUAUUACUUUAACAUGGUAUUUUGGCAUCAUUUUUGAGUUUAUGAACCCUUAAUUAAUUUAUGUUUCUGUUCAUCUCUUAUAAUGUCUGUGGUUGUUCUCCCUUAUUGGCUUAUCACUGUAUUAUGAUGUUUUUUACUUUUCAAGUUCUCAAGAACUUGCUGACAAGAGAGAAGGGAUUUUUACUGCUUCAUGAUUCAAAUGACAAUGCUUUGUAUUUCUCUGUUCAAAUUCAGAAGCAGCUGUUUGAACACUAUUCAAAUAUCAAAAACUUUGCUAAUGCAGAUGAAAGUCUCUUGACAUGGAGAUUUAUUUAUGCAAGUAAUGCUUGAUGCCCUUUGAUAAAUAACUUAUAUUUUUGGGUUGAGUUCAAAACUAUUACUUCUUAAUACAUCAUUCCUAAUGAU